AUGUCAAACAACUCGCCCUCCACACCUGUCAAGGUGCCCUCCAGUGCCGCAAACCACACACAGGCCACUUUGGACCCAGAUCUACGCUCACAGAUCAAUACUAUUCUUCUACGCGACGGUCACGUUUCCAAAAUACAAGAUGCUCUCCUUCACGCUCUGAACUCGCACUCUACGAACUGGCCUACUACCAUUCAGUCGCAUGCUCUAUCUCUUCUACGCUCUGGUGAGGUGGCAACCUUCCCUGCUCUCCUCAGCCGCGUCCUCGAAGAUGUCCGCCACGACUCUGCCCUGAACCCCAUAUCCUCGAGCUCCAACGGCACUAACGCCAAGUCUGCAACCAACGGUGACGCUUCCAAGGCUAACGGCGCGACGGAUGCUAAGCCCAGCCUUGCUGUGCCAGAGUCGGUCGUCGAGGAAGCUCUCCGCGUCACCAGAGAGAGCCUGGAAGCCGUUUGCGAGAUCGAGGACGAUGGAACCGCCUGA